ACGUGUGAAGAACGAGCUCCGACUGGGAAAAAUUGUUUUGAACGGUCAUCCAACUUGGAAUUCCAAGUUGAAAACUCGUGGAUCUUUAUAGAGCUCUGACUUUCCGACCUGAAGAUCACUGAUGUCAUGAUUUGACCUUGUUUUUUUCCGAUAUCCCAGAAGUCUUGAAAGCACCAUUAUUUUUCGACAAAGACCGACAAUAAGCUUUCUCCUCCUCCGGGCAUCUCUCUCACAGGUCUCUUAGCUAUACCGGUUUAGCGGAUGGGAGAAGUAUGAUGGUGAUGGGGAGGCCCAGGUCACGGUAGCUAGCAGUGCGAGUAUGAGGAGAAAGACGUAACUAAACACCGAGUUUAAGUUUUGGAGAGGAUUCCAGUGGAUUUACCAAGUGAUCUGUCUGGAAACUAACCUGAUAAACAAGAUGAAGAGGGGUUUGCUGCGUGGCUUACUGCCAGAGGUGUCUAUCCGACUGCUGUUUCUGGUUGUCUUCCUUGUGACAGAGCAGCUUCCACCCUUUAUUCGUGAGAUCCAGGCAGAGGAGAUGUGGCUGUAUAGGUUUCACAGAGUGGAGAACGACCAUGUCCCCACCUCUCUCAUGUUUAGCGUGGCAUGUUUCACUCCAUUCCUGGUGAUCCUGCUUUUCACCUUUCUGAAGAGAGCUGAGAGAGGAGACGUGAGAGAGGCCUCACUAGCGGUGACUCUGGCUCUGGUACUGAACGGAGUUUUCACCAACGCCAUCAAGCUGGUCGUAGGCCGGCCGCGGCCAGACUUCUUCUACCGCUGUUUCCCAGAUGGACAGAUGAACCUGGAGAUGCACUGCAGCGGCGACCCGGAAGUGGUCAUGGAGGGCAGGAAGAGCUUUCCCAGUGGACACUCCUCCUUUGCAUUCACCGGACUGGGCUUCACAGCGCUGUAUGUGGGGGGUAAGCUGCGGUGCUUUAGUCUGGGGGGUCAGGGCAGGGCCUGGAGAAUGUGUCUCUUCCUCGCUCCUCUCCUCCUAGCCUUCAUGAUCGCUCUCUCCAGGACCUGCGACUACAAACACCACUGGCAAGAUGUGUUGGUGGGUUCUGGUCUGGGCCUGGUGUUCUCUUGGCUCUGCUACAGACAGCACUACCCCUCCCUCCAGGACCCUGACUGUCACCGGCCACUACGCCACAGAGAGACUGUUCCUGCUGUGCAGGAACGCAAGCUGGCCAACUCCAACUACAUAUUACCCCUAUAGCUCAACUCUAGCUAUAUAAUACCCCUAUAGCUGGCCAACUCCAAGUACUUACUACCCCUGUAGCUGGCCAAAUCCAACUGCAUACCACCCCUAUAGCUCAAAUCCAACUAUAUACUACCCCUAUAGCUCAACUACAUACCACCCAUAUAGCUGGCCAACUACAUACUACCCCUAUAGCUGGCCAACUACAUAUUACCCCUGUAGCUGGCCAAAUCCAACUGCAUACUACCCCUAUAGUUCAAAUCCAACUACAUACUACCCCUCUAGCUGGCCAACUCCAAAUGCAUACUACCCCUAUAGCUGAACUCCAUUUACAUACUACCCCUGUAGUCUUUCACUUCAACUACAUACUACCCCUUCGCCCCGGGUUCGUUAUAUCUGGCCAACUGAUCUCCAACUACAUACUACCCUGAUAGCGCUACUCAAUGAGUGGUUGAGUAACUAGUGGUAGAAAUGGGACCAGGCCCAAAUGUUAACCCUGAGUGGGGAGGAGAGGGACUGUAAUUCUUGAGCCCACCAGGUACCAGGUGCUAAGCUGUUAGUGCUACUGAAAUAAUUUGUAUUCCCUGGAAGUAGGAAAGCAGUUUUCCUCUCAACACACACAAUGGAUUAACCACAGCAGUUAAUAGUUUUUUUCCUCAUAUUAUGAUUCCCUGUUUGUUUUGUCUGAUUUAUAGUGCACUACUUUUGACAACAGCCCUAUAGGCCCAAAUCAAAAGUAGUGCACUGUAUACGGAAUAGGGUGCCAUUUGGGAGGCAGACCUGUCUGUGGAGGUGAGGGUGCACUUUUCUGUAGAGUUCAGUGUCAACACUAGGAUAGCAGUGGUCUAGAAUCACAUUACAGUUUGUACAUUUAGAGUUCAUCCUUUACAUCAGUGGUCACCAACUGGUUGAUCGUGAUCGACUGGCAGAUUUCCAAGCCAUUCCUAGUCGAUCACCAAACAUUUCUGUAAAAAAAUAAUAAUAAUAAAGCCUUGCAAUCCUAGUUUUUUUUUA